AUGCACGAGAACAACGCUUUCUCGUCCUUCAUCCCUGCCCCAGCGACAAGAGCGAUCCAGAAAACCAUCAUAGAGGUAUGCCCGAUUGCUAACGCCGGGCCCUACAUCGCUAUCAGGGACAGUAGAGGCUAUCGGCUGCUACAGGAUGCUAUCGAGAUCGAUGGCAAGGGACUCGUCGUCCCAGCCGCGGUCGAGGUCUUUCUCAGAUAUUUUCGCGGACAUCGUCUGCCCGUGAGGCUAUGGAUUCGGCACAUCUGCCUCCAAGAAUUCUCCUCGGCAGAAGAGAAGGAGUGGUACUGGACCCGUGACUUCCUCGACUCAAUGUACGCAAAGGCAACCCAGGUCGUGAGCAUGACCGAGGUCGUCACCGAGCUGCUGGAGAGGGGCAUGGUCGAGAGGAGAACGCAGUCAAAGUACCGAGAAUGGGACAAGACCUGGCAUUACAUUGGUGAUAAAUCGGAACCACCGCGACGGUUCACCUUACCCACCGUCUACCCAAUUAAGCUAGGGAAAAGCCCAUCCAACGAAGCGCCCGUCACGAACCACGACUACGUGCCGCUCGACAUGCUUGUUGGCGAGAUCCGCAUUCUCGUCGUGACGCCUUCGGAGGACCGCGAGGCGCCAGUCAUCACCCAUCUGGCCCAUUGCCCCAUGGUGUGCGAAGUGUCCUACCACGCCUUGUCGUACACCUGGGGCAAACCCGGGGAUACGGUCGAGAUCGUUGUCAACGGCCAGAAGAUGACAGUCCGACGGAACCUAGAGCAGGCCUUGCGUACAAUACGAAGCGAGAAGUUAGCAACACCCAUCUGGAUUGACGCCUUGUGCAUCGACCAGCUAAACGUUAUUGAGCGUACUAGACAAGUUGCACGCAUGUUUGACAUCUACGACCGCGCAUCUCAAGUCAUCUGCUACGUCGGCGAGCACAGCGACGAGACCGAUAUGGCGCUGGACUUUGUUAAGCCGAUGGACCAACUCAAGGUUGAGAUGAAUGAGAAGGGUGAGUACGAUAUCGGGAAAGAGGGGAACAAGAUUGGUCCUGAAGUCUAUCCUGCGCGCUGUGCGGCUUUGUACAAGUUCAUGUGCCGUCCGUACUUCAGACGAGUCUGGGUCGUCCAAGAAGUCGCCAUCUCAUCAGAUCCCGCAGUGAUAGUCGACAAUCGAAAAGCCGUCGCAUUCGGAUCCCUCGAUGCCGCCGCGUACAACUUGCAAGCCAUGAUAGCCUUCAACCCCGUUCUCAGAACGCAGAUGAUGAGCGCAGACCCGCAGCUAUACCAGUUCGGUCUAUCGUACAACGAGCUCAUCUUGAUCCGUAAACUUUUCUACUUUAGGCACCUGAUGGCCGGAGGAAAACUCUACUCCCCGUUCUUCUCACCCACCGUCCGGAAGGACAGCCCUGGCUUUCUCGAGGCCGCCAUUCUCACACGAGACUUCCAGGCAACCGACGGCAGAGAUAAGAUCUUCGCUCUGUGGAAUCUGGCGCAGGAUAAGGAGGGGCUGGACUUCAAGCUGGAUUAUAACAAAAGCCGCCAACAAGUCUUUAUUGACUUCGCAACAGCUUGGUCCAGACAGCACGGAAGUCUCGAUAUCAUCGCCGCCUCUGAGCCAUGGCAUAACGUCGAUAACUUCUACAGUCUCGUGCCGUCUUGGUGUCCCGAUUGGACCGUCCCAGCAGCCACAAGCUGCCUCGUCCGUCGAGAGAGGAUCCCCAUGAGGCCCAUGAGGCUGAUGGACGACUUGGACGGCGAGCUUUACUCCGCUGAUGGAGGAGUUGGACAGCUUCGCGACUUUGAAGAACUCUUUAGCUUCAACAAGGGCAUUCUCAACUGUCGCGGCGUUAUCCUAGACGAGAUUGAUGAAAUCAUCGAAGACCCAGGGAGGAUCCCCUUAGGACACGUAUUCCAGCCACCCGAUCCAGACGCCUUCUACAAGUUCCAAGAGUGGACAGCAGCCAUACCAAAGAUCUAUAAAGACCACAAAGCCAACCCGUACGAUGAUCCUCUACAAGCAGCCAUUGCCAUGUUCCACGGCGACGUGACCUCGGCCUGGAAUCGCCGCGGACAGAACCCGGAAAAGCUGGCAGCCCUCAGUGCUCGCUUCAAUAAGACCAAGGAGCAGGACGCGUGGCACCAUUACGACUGUAUGACUGCAAGGUCGCGCCAUAUCCCGACCCACGAGUGGCCUUUCAGCUAUGAAGGGCGUCCGUGGUUUGAUAUUGUACAGUCGGUGCUUCGAGGGAGGACGCUCUGUAUCACGAAAAAGGGGUACAUGGCCCUCCUGCCUUCGUACAUCUCGGAGAAGACUUUCGACAAGCCGUGGCUUUUGGCUGUGAUAGCGACGUGUUCUGUGCCAGUAUUGCUGAAAGAAGUUGACAGUGUAGACGGAGAGACUGUGUACAGGUUUGGUGGCACCUGCUUCGUCCAAGGAUGGAUGGAAGGGGAAAUGCUGAUGAAACCCGAAGACUCGGUAUCGCCGGCUGGGUUCUGGUUCACGGACGAGGCAAGGAGGAGUACGUUGCAUAUUCGUUGA